AUGCGUUACAUGUUGGUUCCGAGCGCAGCGUUAUUGCUGUUUGUGGUGCAAGGGACAGCAAAUGUACUAGUGGAAGUGAACGAGGGCACGCUGGAGGGAACGUAUGAGCAGAAUGAGUACGGAGGUUCUUUCUACAGCUUUAAAGCUAUCCCUUAUGCCCUACCGCCGGUUGGAGAUCUCAGGUUUAAAGCCCCACUACCCCCCACAUCUUGGCAGGGAGUAAGAAGUGCCAAAGAAGUGAGCUCCGUCUGCUAUCAAGUCAAUCUAUUAGCUUUCGAAGUCAAUGGCACGGGUAGUGAAGACUGCCUCUAUCUAAACGUCUAUACUCCAGACGUGAACCCAACAGAAUUACUCCCAGUCAUGUUCUGGAUACAUGGCGGGGGUUUCUUCAGUGGAAACGGAGGCGACAUGGAUUUCGGUCCGGAGUUUCUAGUGAGACAUGACGUCGUCUACGUCGCUAUUAACUACAGACUUGACAUCCUAGGCUUCCUCUCUCUGGACAUAGAAGAAGUUCCCGGCAAUGCUGGCCUGAAAGACCAGGCCGCCGCUCUACUGUGGGUCAAAGAUAAUAUAAGACAAUUCGGAGGCGACCCAGAUAAAGUUACUAUUUUCGGCGAAAGCGCCGGAGCGGCUAGCGUGACCUACCAUAUGAUUUCGCCCAUGUCUAAAGGCCUGUUUAAAAGAGCGAUCGCUCAGAGCGCUUCGCCUAUCGCCCAUUGGCCUCGGAUAAUGGAACCGAGAGAAAAAGCUAUAACUUUCGCUAGAAAAUUAGGUUUUACAUCCACUGAUCCACAUGAGAUUUACGAAUAUCUCAAAUCUCUUCCUGUGGAAACUAUUGUUAAAUUGAGCGUUCCGGUAACCAUCGACGAACAAGCAAUUAUACCUAUGUCUACUAAUUUUGCCACCGUGAUUGAAAAAGAUUUCGGCAAUGGUGAGGCCUUUUUAACGGAAGAUCUGAUUGAGGCUCUCGAGAAAGGCAUCCACGAGGAUGUGGACGUGAUGUCUGGGUACACGGAACACGAGGGCAUAUUCGGCUUGGUGCUAAGAGGGCAUAACGAAAACGUUUUUAAGUAUGGUGAAUUUUUAGAAUUCUUCUGUCCUUUAGAGCUCCGAUACCAUUGCAACAAGAAACAAAUACUGGAAAUCGGAAGGCAAAUGAGGAAUCGUUAUAUAAAUGACGAUCUGGUAACCGAAGAGAAAAUUUGGGAUAUCAUUACGUAUCUGUCUUUAGAGGAUUUCAUGUUUGACGCGAUUCGCUGGCAGAAGAUUAUAGCACAGAGUGGCAGUAAUAAGUUUUACUUUUACAAGUUCACUUGCAAGUCGGAGUUGAACAUAAUGACUGACUUGUUUGGGAUGCGGGGUCUGCUCGGGCCAGGGACAUUCGUGACGCACGCGGAUGAUCUCAUGUACCUGUUCCCGCCGAAACUGUACCCAAUAGAGGUCGCUUUGAACUCGACGGAGUUCAGAAUGAUUGAGACAGUAACGACGCUUUGGACCAACUUCGCUAAAUACGGAAACCCCACACCGGACGAAAGCCUAGGCGCUCACUGGGCCCCCUACACCAUCCAAAACCAGGACUACCUGGACAUUGGAGAGCAACUCGUUCCCGGCACGGAACCCGACAAGGAACACGUAGAGUUCUGGGAGGAAAUAUACAAGAAAUACCUUCCUGAGAGAAGUUCGGGGAGGAUGGAUACAGGAAACGCUCUCCUGAUUGUUGGAUUGUUUUUUAUCAGUAAAAAGAUUGGUGGUAUGUAA